AGCUCCAGGCGAUCGAACGCUAACCCAAUUUCAGCCACGACCCUACAGUGACUUCAACUUUCUGGAGUUCAAUCGCUGCCAUCACUGGCAACCGUAUGACUGUAACCCAAUUCUCACAAUGGCACAAAAUGUGGUUCUCGAAACAACAAUGGGCAACAUUGUCCUAGAAUUGUACACAGAGCAUGCGCCAAAGACUUGCCAGAACUUCUCGACUCUGGCGACACGAAAUUACUACAAUGAUACCAUUUUUCACCGAAUCAUUCCGGACUUCAUGAUUCAAGGCGGAGAUCCUACUGGAACAGGCCGUGGCGGAGCGUCCAUCUAUGGCGAGAAGUUCGAGGAUGAGAUUCGAAAUGAUCUCAAACACACUGGCGCGGGCAUUUUGAGCAUGGCUAAUUCGGGACCGAACACCAAUGGCUCGCAAUUCUUCCUCACACUCGCCCCAACGCCGUGGCUCGACAAUAAGCACACCAUAUUUGGGAGGGUAAAGAGCGGAAUGCGAGUGGUUCAGAGGAUGGGUCUGGUCAAGACGGGUAGUGAGGAUAGACCCGAACAGGAAGUGAAGAUUUUGAGGGCGCGUGUUGUGUCCGACGGUGAAGAUAUAUGAUGCGAGAAGUUGUCCCAUCGGACAAUCUCCUUACCAAAUGAUUGAUGGAUUCAUGUCUUGUUUUCAAGGAUGGCCCAGUCUUAGCAA